GAUUGAUCUACUCCUCCCUUGCGCUCCGAUAGCACUGGAAUAGCUUGCUCCAUGAACAUCCUCACCUGGAGUUUCCUUCUGCUAUGCCUUGUUCUCAUCCUCUUUAAAGCUCUGGGCUACCUCCGACCGUCCAGUGAUGGUAACGAACUUCCUCCCGGUCCCAGACCCUUGCCCAUCAUCGGCAAUGUUUUCGACUUGCCUACCAAGCAGGUGUGGUCGGAAUUCGCUAAAUGGACUGACACAUACGGUCCUAUCAUCUCAGUGUCCGCACUAGGCCAGCGUAUUGUGAUCAUAAACUCGCUUUCCAUCGCCCGUGACCUCCUUGAAAAGCGCAGCAAUAUAUUCUCGGAUCGCCCGUACAUCCCAAUGCUAGACUUAAUGGGUUUUGACGUGUUUAACCUUACGAUGCGUCGCUUCGGACUGGAGUGGCGUGCGGGACGGCGCAUCGCAGACCACAGUUUGCGCCCCGCCGCAACCCUCACCUACCGACCCUUCUUGGUGUCUAAGAAUCAUCAACUUAUGCAGCAGUUACUUCGAACACCUGACAAUUUUGUCGAACAUUUGCGGCAUUUCGCGGCCGCCAUAGCCAUGAACAUCGCGUACGGAUAUGAGAUAGCUCCCGCAAAUGACCGUUAUGUAGCCAUCGCGGAAGAUGCUAUUGACAGAGCAGUCAACGCCUGUCUCCCAGGUCGUAGACUUGUAAACAUCUUUCCAAGCUUGAGACAUCUUCCUGAAUGGCUACCUGGCAUGGGGUUCAAGGACUAUGCACGCGAGGCUGCUAAGUGCACAGCAGAGAUGGUGGACCGGCCAUACGCAUUCGUAAAGGAGCAGAUGCAACACGGGCUUGCUCUUCCUUCUAUCUGCAAGGAGAAUCUGGAGUCAUAUGACCUCGUCUCUCCGACCACAGAGCAAGAGAAUAUGAUUAAAUACGUCGCUGCCACUGUCUACGCCGCUGGAGCCGAUACGACCGUCGGCGUGCUUCACACAUUCUUCCUGGCGAUGACGCUCUAUCCCUCCAUCCAAACCCGCGCUCAGGCUGAGAUCGACAGCGUCCUGGAAGGAAAGGCAUUACCUACUUUCGAAGAUGAACCGAACUUGCCAUACGUGAAAGCUCUGUGCAUGGAGCUAAUUCGGUGGAAACCCAUCACGCCUGUGGCCAUUCCGCACGUCAACAUUGAAGCUGACGUGUACGGGAAGUACUAUAUACCUAAAGGUUCCCAAAUCAUCGCAAAUGCCUGGGCCAUGUUGCACGAUCCUGUAGCCUAUCCCAAUCCAGACGAUUUCUCGCCUGAGCGCUUCAUAGGGCCUCACGGCGAGUUUGUUGAAGAUCCAGACUUGACCGUCGCCUUUGGCUGGGGGCGCAGACUUUGCCCUGGAAGGCAUUUAGCGCUUUCCAGUGUAUGGAUCGUAGUAGCUACGGUCCUCGCCACAUUUCAUAUUGCCAAAGCUAAGGAUGAAUAUGGUAAAGAAAUCGACGUCUCUGGAGAGUAUACUGACGGGCUCGUGAGCCACCCCAUGCCCUUCAAAUGUACUAUUACCCCUCGGAGCGAGGACGCUGCCUUCCUAGUGAAGAGCACAUUGACUAUGCAAACAUAAGGGAUUACACGCGUUGAACGUUUUUGUAUGUUGUACGCUCUCUGUUGUUGCGCUACUUAAUGGGAACCACCUUCCUACAAUCC